AGCUUCACAAAGUGCCGUUUAAGCUGAGCUGGCUGUUGGGCUGUGGUAAAAUCCUGUUGACGACUUUAUCUGAGUGGAGCUGUCUCUAAAACCAGGGAGAUUCAUUCACGCCGAGUGGAAAGCACUCUGAACUAGUUUGCUGUCCUCAUUUAUCACACGUCGAGGUUAACUUUGAACAAAGUAGUGAAAUCUACGCCGAAAUGGACACCGCCAGUCAAGAUAUCAACCUGAACUCUCCUAACAAGGGCCUUGUUGUGGAUCAUUCAGACAGCCUUUCCGAUGUGCCGGUGGAGGGAGUGGUGGAGGCGGGGGCGGUGGGGAAUGCAGCCAACCCUCUUCCGCCUGGCCUGACAGAGGAAGAGGCAGAGGAGCUCCGCACGGAGCUCACCAAGGUGGAGGAGGAGAUCAACACCCUGCGUCAGGUUUUGUCAGCCAAAGAGAGACACGCUGCAGACCUGAAGAGGAAACUUGGCCUCAGCCCGCUCAACGAACUCAAGCAGAACUUCAGCAAGAGCUGGCAAGACGUACAGACCUCCAACGCCUAUGUGAGAACCACUGAGAAACUGGGCGAGUGGAAUGAGAGCGUUGCCAGCUUGGAUCUAUAUCUGUCUGCCUCAGCCACUUUGGAUGACAUUUCCCGCUCUGAAGCAUACAAAAAGACUCAAGAGACUCUUUCCCAGGCGGGACAGAAGACCAGUGCAGCUUUAACCACAGUGGGCACGGUCCUCAGCAAGAGACUGGGCGACAUGAGGAACUCUGCGACCUUCAAGUCGUUCGAGGAUAAAAUGGGGAACCUGAAGGAAAUGGAAACUGAGUCGGUGUAGUAAUGCACACGAUCAAUAACACUCUGGUCUGUUUCCGCUCUCGUCUCCUCAGUACAAGGUUGUUGGUCCCAGAGGUAACGGGGAGGCCAUCGGCUCCCCCACUGACACCACCCCCACUCAGGAGAACCCAUCUUUCUGAAUGCAUCCCUCCUCCUCCUCGCUGCCACCUUCCUCACGACCUGAGACUGUACUGUUAAUCACCUCAAAUCGCUGAGUCAGCCCUGACCUUUGACCCUCCAGCUCACCAACUCGCCACCACUCACACUUUGCCUCGAGGUCUGUAGAAGCAGACGGGCGGAGGUGAAGAACUCGUUGGUUCGAGGUGGGAUGAGCUUUUCCGUCACUGCUGGUCCUACAGCUUCCAUUCUUCUGCAUUGCUGCUGGAGAAAAGGAAAAUGUUUUGUUGAUGUCUAAACCCGAAUAAUUUACAGACCGUGCUUUGUUACAUCUCCACCCCUUGCUUCGACUUCCUCCCCGGUCAGACCACACCCCCUUUGUUAGUCCAAAUAAGUCAACACCGUUGUCUCCUGCACUUUUCAGACACCUUUUUUGAACAGGUGGUUACUGUUUCAGUAGAUCACCUGGCUUAACAAAAAAGGCUAAAAGGCAUUGUUAAGAUGUCAGGCUCUUAAACUAAAUGGGGAACUUUACAUUUAUCUUUGGGAUUGGGUGUUUGUUAAGAAACCGUUGCAGCUAUGCAUCAAAAGGUAACUCUGUAGGUGCACUUUUGGGCCCCAACUCGCAGUGUAGGAGCGAGUAUCUGGAGGAGCAUUUUACAGGCAUAAGCAAGAUGGUGGUUUAUACUGCUACUAUUUCUGUCUUCUUGUUUCUGACUAUUAUGUACUUAAAAUCAUACAUUCACACUGUGAGCACACCACAGUAAUGUCACCACAGUGUCCCUAUAUUUUUUUUCUCAAACUUUGUACAGUUAUCUUCACAGCUUUGCGGAUGCCCGUGGUGUGAACACAUGUUUCAUUGGUGGGGUUCAGCACAUCCCACUCCUCUUAGACCUUCUACUGCUACAUGCAUGUGCACAUUUCAUCUCAGUUGUACCAUACUAACCUUGCAAAGAAGACUUGUGUAACACCCUAAGAACACCCCCAGGAUGUAAAAACGGGAAGAAAAGAAAAACAACCUUAAACCAUUUUGUAUUACAAACUAUUUUACACUGCUUUGCAAAAUGUUUUUACAUAACUUUUAUUAAUAUGUAUAAAUAUAGAUGAGUAAAUAUAUUGUCACUGAUGCUGCCGAAUGGCAGUAAACGGGUUAGGAGGUUUAAGAAAAAGCAGGGGGAGGCUAAACAAACCUAAACAAUGCAAACAAUGGGUCAGUUUCACAGACAUGAGUUUUCUUCUGUAACUAGUUUUAAUUUUCUCUCUAAGUACAUUUUGGUCAACAUUUUUUAUUUUUUUUUAUGUUUGUGAAACUGACAUAUAAACGAGCUGCAGUCACUUUGCACCCGUCUGGGCACUAUUUAUCGGACGAGAAAAAACCCAUAAUCAAAAUGGUUGCAUUUGACUAGAGUACCGUGAUGGUUUGAUCUUUGCAGCAGGUUAACAAAGUCAGACUAUGCGUUGAAAUGUUUAGAAACCACUUUGACAGUUUCUUUUCCCCCCGGUUCGACUGUAGUUCCCUUCCUGUUGUUGAAGCGAUGGUUUGGAUGUUCUGAAGUGUGGUUGUAUAAGGUACUUCAGAGAAGUCGGUGUAUUGCCAACAGAUUAAUUAUACGAUAUACGUAGUGUUCACUGCUUUACCUUUCCGUUAGACAGCCCUUUUUCCGAUCUGCAGCCGCUAUCUGUGCUCUGUUCACAGCCACUGUAGCCGAGUACCUCAUACAACACGACUUCAAAAGCUCUCAAUGAUCCUUUUAACGUUCAGAACUCAAUGUGAGACGCUUUGCUUUCUACACUACGCGGUGAAUGUCAACGCUUCUCGAUCAGCCUUACUCACUUUAAAUAUUUCGCUUGUUAUAAUUUAGCUGGUAGGACAUACAUUUGUUUUAAGUUGUACAGACUGGUUUGAGUGAUUGAAGGAAGGAAAGUUUCUUUACCAUAUUUAGAGUCUGAAUAUGUGUCAUAAAAUCUUCUCGCUGCCAUUGGGAGAGACUUUGCUAACGAUCCCUUAUGCACUCCUGUUAACACACGCUAGAUGCUACUAAAUGCCCUGAUUGUGCACUUGCGCUGGGUGAGGCCAAACUACAAACACCUUUUGUACAAAAUCACUGUUGCUCUUAUUGUCGUGCACCUGUAGUGAUAAAACGGAAGCUCUUACAAACCACACAGCCUCAGAAACGAUGACCGUAAACCUGAGAGCUGUGCAGGGCCGCACUUUUAUCCUCAACCUGAAAACCUUUUUUUCCUUUUCUUUAUUGCCACAGGUGGUUUGACAUGUUACACUAAUUUCCCACCAACAAAUAUAAUGCAACUUGUGAAAAUUAUUGUCCAAAUCCAUCUUAUGUCACUGUUGUUGCACUGAAGGUGUUUCAGUGUUGCCUCUCGCAUUGCCAAGACCAUUUUUAAAUAUUGCAACGACAAAAUGUUGCUUGUGUAUCCUGCCUCAGCUUCAGUACAAUGUCUCCUAAUGUUAGUGUCAUUGAGGCAAUAGAAAAUGAUUAAAUAUGAAUUGUUAUAUACCUUUAACUUCUUUAAAGACAUGAAUGAUUUCAGCCAAAAUUUCAGAGGAAGAUUCAAACUUGCUUGUACGCCAACGAAUUGAAAGGAAAAGGAUAACAGAAAUGUAUCUCUGGGACUGCUUGGCUUCAAUGAACAUACAUUGAAUGAAAUGACACGCCGGUUAUAAACGAAAGCUCCCGGCUGCUGCCAGUGUAUCAUAAGUGUAUUCUCUUGUUUUUGUUUGUGUUGAUCAUUUUCCUAGUUAAUAUAUUCCUGUUAGGUUAGUUGUUCGGAUUUCUUUUGGCUUUCCUUUUGUUAGAGGUGGACAUUUUGGUAUUUGUCCAAAGAAUUGCCAAUACUUAAAUAUCUGUUACAUAAUCUCCAUCUGCCUCUGACUUUCUGCUUUGUCAAGAUGAAAAAUGCAGAUGCACACUACAAGAAAUAUGAAUCUCAAGUCAUUUACUUCAGAAUUGAGUCUUAAAAUCAUAUUUUUCUUACACAAAGAGGAUAACUUUCCACAUACUUGAGGCUUUUUGUAGGCAAUGUGCUCAACGUACUAGAAAAAUGUGGUUAUAGAUACUGAAGGAAAUGACUUGACUUUUUCCCCCCCCGCAGUGCAUAUGUCGCCUGUUUAGAGCUGCAAUCAGUUUUGUAGAUGUGAUGGAUAGAAAAAAGAUGACGCUCUUUUGAUUUGGGUGCCAAUGGGAAGUGCAGCACAUCAGUGCCAGCCGCCGCAGAGGCUGGAGGACAGAGUACUCAUAGCUUUAUCUAGGUCCUGGGCCUAACUGA